AUGGAAAUAGUUCGAAUAUACUUGAGUUUUUUAGUUAUUAUAAGUUUAUUGAAUUUUACGUGUGUGGCUGAAGUACCUGGAGUAUAUUUUGAUCGUAUCAUAACGUAUGUCUUGGGAUCAACUGAUUACGAAGACGCAAUUAAGGAUCCGUAUUUGUCGUACCUUUCUAAGCAAGGGAUAUUAUUAAAACAUAUACAUGGAAUAUGGCAUCCAUCACAACCAAAUUAUAUAGCAAUGAUAUGUGCAUCAAAAAGUGGGAUGUUAACAGACUUUUCACAAGAUCUAGGAGGACCUUCAUUACCAGAAUCAUUAGAAGAAAAAGGAAUUACAUGGAAAGCAUAUAUAGAAAAUUAUCCUGGUGAUGGAUUUAAAGCAGAUGUAUCAGAAGAUAAAUUAUAUGUUCGUAAACAUAAUCCAUUUAUUUCAAUGAAUAAUAUAAGAAAUAAUUUAACAUUGGUAUCAAAAAUUGUUAAUUCAUCACAAUUAAAACAUGAUUUAAAAAAAAAUCAAGUUCCUCAAUAUAUAUUUUAUGUACCAAAUAUUAAUAAUAAUGGAGAAAAUACUAAUUUAACAUACGCUAGUAAUUAUUUAAAAAAUGAGUUUAUACCUUCAAUUCAACAUUUAUUAACUUCUACUAAAACUCUUUUAGUUGUAACUUUUGAUGAAGCUUCUACUUAUCUUGAUUUUAAUUUAGCAGAUUUUAAUCAUGUUUAUACUGCACUUAUUGGUCCUAAUGUAUUAAAAUCUUUUAUACAUGAAGAUGAAACAAGAUAUAGUCAUUUUAGUUGGGUACCUACAAUUGAAGCGAAUUGGAAUUUAUCAUCUUUUGGUAAUGGUGUUGAUACUGAUGUUGUUUCUUUAGACUUUAAUAUAUUAAUGUGA